UCACUCACUUGCUCAGUCAUUGUAGUGUAUCUCUUGGUCGGGCUGCUGAAAGCGAAGCCUCAAUAAAUCUCUAGAGGUUCGUUUUCUUUCCCAUUAUCCCGAUGCUAUCUUUACCAUCUGACAACAGAUUCGUUUUCUAUUUGUGGCUCGGACAACAUAUUCUCGCAUUUUAAUGGAAGAGUCUUUAUUUAUUUUUUUUCAAUUGCUGUUUGAACUUCUGCAGAUGGUGAUGCCUACCUACAUUUGGAGAUUAAACUAAACGGUUCCUUAUUUUAUCACCUCCUCCGCGCCUAUGUGAAUCUUGCUAGAGUGUAUUCUGAAUUUACAAAGACUUGGCCAGAAAAACAUGGACUAAAUUUUCUUUCAUAAUGGGAUUAAUAAAAUUUAGCAUCGCGCUGUGUAUUGCAUGCAUCUGUUCAGUUUUAGGUUUCGGGGUCGAUCCAGCUUUGCAGAUCAAUUUUUUCAGUGAAUUUCAGCUCGAUGAAUCUUUAGAUGGAGUUUCGCAGGUCCACGGAUUUCACAAUGGGAGCAAAGCAUUCCUCUUUCGAGAUACCUCAAGAAGCAUUAAAGCAUCUCCAGAUGUAGCUGAGCGCAUUUUACAGAAAUUAAGGAACAAACAGGAGUUUACAAUUCUAGUAACACUGAAGCAAGAGAGGCUCAAUUCAGGGGUUAUUUUAUCCAUCCAUCAUGCAGAUCAAAGGUUUCUGGAGUUGGAAAGCAGUGGCCAUCGGAAUGAAAUCAGAUUGCAUUACCAUACGAAGAGCCAGCAGGCUCACACACAGGUGUUUCCCUACAUUUUGGCUGAUAAUCAGUGGCAUAAAGUGUCUAUAGCUGUCAGUGCAUCUCAUGCGGUAUUACAUGUAGACUGCAGCAGGAUAUAUGAAAGGGUUGUGGAAACCCCCUCAAUGAAUCUGCCUGGUGACACAACUGUUUGGCUUGGGCAAAGGAAUAAUGCACAUGGCUCUUUCAAGGGUAUAAUGCAAGACGUUCAGUUGCUUGUGAUGCCACAAGGAUUUAUUGCUCAGUGUCCAGAUCUUAACCGCACUUGCCCCACCUGCAAUGAUUUUCAUGGCCUCGUACAGAAAAUAAUGGAACUACAAGAUAUAUUGGCUAAAACAUCAGCAAAGCUGUCCCGAGCGGAGGCGAAGAUGAAUAGCUUGGAUCAGUGCUAUUGUGAGAGGACCUGCAAUGCAAAGGGCAAUGUCUACAGAGCGUUUGAAUCAUGGACAGAUGGCUGUAAGAACUGCACUUGCAUGAAUGGUACUGUUCAAUGUGAGACUCUAAUCUGUCCACCUUUAAAAUGUGCUCCUGAUUCUGCGCCGGCUUAUAUAAAGGGAGCAUGCUGCAAGCAAUGUCAGCCGAUAUGCAUAUUCAGUGGCAGGGUUUAUCUAGAUGAAGAAAGACAGGCAAUGUUCACAUCCUCUGGAGUCUGCCUUCUCCAUGAAUGCAGGGAUAGGACCAUGCGUCGUAUAACAUAUCCAAGUUGUCCAGAACUUAACUGCGCACCAUCUCAGCAAAUUACACUUGGCAACAGCUGCUGCAAGGUUUGCAAAGGGUAUGACUAUUGCGCCGAUGGACACAGCUGUAUGGAUCACUCUGAGUGCAUGAACUUGGAGGCUGGGGCCUGCUGCAGCUGCAAAGAUGGAUUCCGGGCUCUUCGUGAAGACAAUGCCUACUGUGAAGACAUAGAUGAGUGUGCAGAAGGGCAUCAUUAUUGUCGUGAAAACACCAUGUGUGUGAAUACACCUGGAUCUUUUUUAUGCAUCUGCAACACUGGAUACAUUCGAAUUGAUGACUACUCAUGCACAGAGCAUGAUGAAUGUGUGACAGGACAGCACAGCUGUGAUGAGAAUGCUCUGUGUUUUAAUACAGUGGGAGGGCAUAACUGUAUGUGUAAACCUGGAUACACAGGGAAUGGCACAUUUUGUAAAGCAUUUUGUGAAGACGGUUGUCAAAAUGGAGGUACUUGUCUCACGCCAAGCAUCUGUUUGUGUCCUCAAGGUUUUACUGGCCCUGGAUGUGAAACAGACAUUGACGAAUGCUCGGAUGGCUUUGUUGAGUGUGACAGCCACGCUAAUUGCAUCAACUUGCCUGGAUGGUACCACUGUGAGUGCAGGGACGGCUACCACGACAAUGGGAUGCUUUCACCAAAUGGGGAGUCAUGUGAAGACAUUGAUGAAUGCACGACUGGGAGGCACAGUUGUGCCAAUGACACUGUUUGCUUCAACUUGGAUGGCGGAUAUGACUGCAGGUGCCCUCAUGGAAAAAACUGUACUGGGGACUGUAUCCAUGAAAGCAAAAUAAAGCAUAAUCGACAGAUCUGGGUAUUGGAGAAUGACAGGUGCACUGUCUGUUCAUGUCAGAGUGGGUUGGUGAUGUGCCGGAGGAUGGUGUGUGACUGUGAGAAUCCAACCGUUGACCUGUUCUGUUGCCCUGAGUGCGACCCGCGGCUGAGCAGUCAGUGUCUUCAUCAAAGUGGACAGAUGUCAUAUAGCAAUGGAGACACUUGGGUGCUGAACUGUCAACAGUGUCAAUGCUUGCAAGGAGAAGUAGAUUGCUGGCCCCUAUCUUGCCCUAAAAUUGAAUGUGAGUUCACUGUGAUCCCCGAAGGAGAGUGCUGCCCGCGGUGUGUCAGUGACCCCUGUCAGGCAGACACAGUGCGCAAUGACAUCACCAAGACUUGCACCGAUGAGCACAACAUGGUUCGCUUCACGGGGUCCUCGUGGAUCAAACAUGGCACAGAGUGCACCCUCUGUCAGUGCAAGAAUGGCCAUGUCUGCUGCUUAGUGGAUCCCAUGUGCCUUUAGAAACUGUUAGCUCUGUAAAGGUAUUUGUACAGAGAGCUCUGCAAGAACUACAUUUUCCUUUCCAGAAACAACUUUAUACCAAAUACAAAUGUGUAUUAUACCAAACAGAACAUGGACUGUCUGAGAAACCCCUAAAUAUUUGUAAAAGUUCAACAGAUUAUUGUGUGCAUUAAGGACAGCAAAUGGGUUUUAAACAUUAAUGCUGUAAAACGUAAAUAGACUGGCAUGACUGUAAUCAGUGUUAUCAUUAACUUUACUUUUAUUCAUUUCAAUGCUAAAUUAUCAUGUUAUUGUGAAAGGGCAAGAAACUUGUGUUUUACAUUUCCAGAAAAAAAAAAGUCUUCUAUAUUUGGUUGUUUGGUAGCACUAACAUAAUUUCUGGAUUUCUAAUAUGUUACUUAAUGGCUUGUUAUUGUGCAACUGUGAAAUAAACCUUUUCAUUCACAUUGCCAGUUGUUUGCGUUCAUUCAGACCAGUAAUCUUUGAGUGGCCUCAGUCUUCCAGUCUUCACACCUAAGAAAGAUACUUACUAUUGACAGGCUCUGUUGGCUUUU